UGCAGGUUUCUACAGAGUGGAGCUGAGGCCGUGGAUGCCUGCACCUGGCACCAUUACUACGUGAACGGCAGAGACACGUCUCUGGAGGACUUUCUGGAUCCUGAGAUCCUGGACACUCUGGCCCUGAAGACUAAAGAAGUCCUGCAGAAAGUAAAGCUGGUGUCUCCAGAGAAGCCGGUGUGGCUCGGCGAGACGAGCUCGGCGUACGGAGGAGGAGCUGUCGGCCUGUCGGACACCUUCGCCGCAGGAUUCAUGUGGUUGGAUAAGCUGGGCCUUGCAGCCACCCUGGGCCUGGAUGUUGUGAUGCGGCAGGUGUUGAUUGGCUCUGGGAGUUAUCACCUGGUGGAUGACAACUUGGACCCUCUCCCUGACUACUGGCUGUCUCUUCUCUACAAGACUCUGGUGGGUCCAGAGGUUUUGAGAGUUGAGUUCUCCAGCUUGGCUCGCAGUAAAACCGUGAGGCUGUAUCUGCACUGCUCCACCAGACUCAGGUACCAGCGUGGAGCCGUGACGCUGAUGUCUCUGAACCUCAGCGAGAAGCCGGCCAGCGUCUGUCUCCCGCCACUCACCCCCCCCCUCACAGUGGACGCCUUCAUACUGCAGCCAGGGGAGGGGGGGCUCUACUCCAGGUCUGUGCAGCUGAAUGGCGCCCUGUUAAAGAUGGAGGACGACCAGACUCUCCCUGACCUCUCAGCGUCUCGUCUUCCUCCGUCUGACCGGCUGCAGCUUCCUGCCUUCUCGCUCGCCUUCUUCGUGCUCACGGACGCCAAGGCAGCCGCCUGUCUCUGACCCUCUACACACACACAGACACACACAUGCACGCACGCACACACACACACACAGA